GACGUCAGCCUAGUGUCUGGGUCCCUUUGGAGAGAAUGGUAGCCAGUUGGCCAGACCCUGAAUCUCUGCGUGGCUCCUUUGCUCUCUGGGCAGCGGGAAAGGACAAAUGCAGGAACAGUAAGCAAGCGCAUAGGGUAAAAAAGUGGCUAUGCUAGCAGAUGUUCACGGAUCCAGGCUGUGGAUAGCCGCGCCACAUCUGUCACGCACCCAGCUCUGACCAGCCCUCUGCCAGGAGAGAAAUCACAGGUCCCGAAGCAUCCCCAGACCUCCCCACCUUUCCCAACGCAGUACCUGGAGCCCCGCCUCGCCCUCUCCGCACCCCUCGGGCACCCUGGCCCCGCCCUCCCGCUGCCCCUCCCGCCGCGCCCUGCUCCGCCCCUGUCCGCUCCCGGGGCUCCUUCGGCGCAGGUCCCGCCCCAGUCCCGCAACUGGAGCCGUUAGCGCUGCAGCGGAGAGCCGCUCGGAGUCCGCACCUGGGAGUCGCGUCCGACGCUCGGCGCCCGCAGUGCCCGCUGCGCCCGGGCUGGCAUGGGGAGACCGGGCUGAGCGCCGCAACCCGCCACCAACACCCGCCUGCUCUCCCCGCGCGGCCCUCGCGCGUGCGGGCGAUGGCGAAGGCGACGUCCGGCGCCGCAGGGCUGGGGCUGAAGCUGUUCUUGCUGCUGCCACUGCUAGGCGAAGCCCCUCUGGGCCUCUACUUCUCAAGAGAUGCUUACCGGGAGAGGCUAUAUGUGGACCAGCCAGCCGGCACACCUCUGCUCUAUGUCCAUGCCCUACGAGACGCCCCUGGAGAAGUACCCAGCUUCCGCCUGGGCCAGUACCUCUAUGGUGCCUAUCGCACACGACUACAUGAGAAUGAUUGGAUCCGCAUCCAGGAAGACACUGGCCUCCUCUACCUCAACCAGAGCCUGAACCACAGCUCCUGGGAACAGCUCAGCAUCCGCAAUGGUGGCUUCCCCUUGCUUACAGUCUUCCUCCAGGUCUUCCUGGGGUCCACAGCUCUGCGAGAAGGCGAGUGCCAGUGGCCAGGCUGUGCCCGUGUGUACUUCUCCUUCAUCAAUGGCUCCUUCCCAGCUUGCAGCUCUCUUCAAUCCCAGGAUCUCUGCCUCCCAGAGUCAGGCCUGUCCUUCCGCAUCAGGGAGAACAGGCCCCCAGGCACUUUCCACCAGUUUCACCUUUUGCCCGUGCAGUUCCUUUGCCCCAACAUCAGUGUGGCUUAUAGACUAUUAGAAGGUGAGAGUCUGCCCUUCUAUUGCGACCCAGACAGCCUGGAGGUGAGCACUUGCUGGGCCCUGGACCGUGAGCUUCAAGAAAAGUAUGUGCUGGAGGCCGAGUGCAUAGUUCACAAUGGUGUCAGUGAGGAGAAGGUGACAGUGUCCCUUCCUGUGACAGUGUAUGAUGAGGACGACUCAGCGCCCACCUUCUCUAGGGGUGUGGACACUGCCAGUGCUGUGGUGGAAUUUAAGCGGAAGGAGGGUACUGUGGUGGCCACUCUGCAUGUGUUCGAUGCGGAUGUGGUACCUGCAUCCGGGGAGCUGGUGAGACGGUACACAAGCACACUACUCUCAGGGGACUCCUGGGCCCAGCAGACCUUCCGGGUGGAGCACUCACCCAACGAGAUCUUGGCCCAGGCCAACAGCAGCUUCGUGCGGGCAACCAUGCAUGAUUACAAGCUGAUUCUCAACCGGAGCCUGCCCAUCUCAGAGAGCAGAGUCCUGCAGCUGGUGGUCCUGGUCAAUGACUCAGACUUCCAGGGGCCUGGAACAGGUGUCCUCCUCCUCCAUUUCAAUGUGUCUGUGUUGCCUGUUAGCCUGCAUCUGCCCGGUGCCUACUCCUUCUCUGUGAACAGGAGGGCCCGCCGUUAUGCACAGAUUGGGAAAGUCUGUGUGGAAAACUGCCAGGAAUUCAGCGGCAUCCACAUCCAGUACAAGCUGCAACCCUCCGGCACCAACUGCAGUGCUCUAGGUGUGGUCACCUCAGCUGAGGACACCUCAGGGACCCUGUUUGUAAACGACACAGAAGCCCUGCAGCGACCUGAAUGUGCCGAGCUCCAGUACACAGUGGUGGCCACUGACCGGCAGACCCGCAGGCAGGCCCAGGCCUCGCUGCUCGUCACUGUAGAGGGGACGUACAUUGCUGAGGAAGUGGGCUGCCCCGAGUCCUGUGCAGUCAGCAAGAGACGAGCUGAAUGUGAGGAGUGCGGUGGCCUGGGCUCUCUGACUGGCAGGUGCGAGUGGCGUCAGGGAGACGGCAAAGGGAUCACCAGGAACUUCUCCACCUGCUCCCCCAGCACCAGGACCUGCCCUGAUGGCCACUGUGAUGCUGUGGAGAACCGGGAUAUCAACAUUUGCCCCCAGGACUGCCUCCGUGGCAGCAUUGUUGGGGGACAUGAACCAGGGGAGCGCCGUGGGAUUAAAGCCGGCUAUGGCAUCUGCAACUGCUUCCCAGAGGAGAAGAAGUGCUUCUGUGAGCCCGAGGACAGUCAAGGCCCGCUGUGCGAUGAGCUGUGUCGCACGGUGAUCUCAGCAGCCGUCCUCUUCUCCUUCAUCGUCUCGGUCCUGCUGUCCACCUUCUGCAUCCACCGCUACCACAAGCAUGCCCACAAGCCACCCAUUGCUUCAGCGGAGAUGACCUUCUGCCGGCCUGCCCAGGGCUUUCCAAUCAGCUAUUCUUCCUCCGGCACCCGCCGGCCCUCACUGGAUUCCAUGGAGAACCAGGUUUCUGUGGAUGCCUUCAAGAUUCCGGAAGAUCCAAAGUGGGAAUUUCCUCGGAAGAACUUGGUUCUUGGGAAAACCCUGGGAGAAGGCGAGUUUGGAAAAGUGGUCAAAGCAACAGCCUUCCGUCUGAAAGGCAGAGCAGGGUACACCACGGUGGCUGUGAAGAUGCUGAAAGAAAAUGCCUCCCCGAGUGAGUUACGAGACCUGCUGUCUGAGUUCAACCUGCUGAAGCAGGUCAACCACCCACAUGUCAUCAAGUUGUAUGGGGCCUGCAGCCAGGAUGGGCCUCUCCUCCUCAUUGUGGAGUACGCCAAGUAUGGCUCCCUACGAGGUUUUCUCCGCGACAGCCGCAAGAUUGGGCCGGGCUACGUGGGCGGUGGAGGCAGCCGCAAUUCCAGCUCCCUAGAUCACCCAGAUGAGCGGGUGCUGACUAUGGGUGACCUCAUCUCCUUCGCCUGGCAGAUCUCAAGGGGCAUGCAGUACUUGGCUGAGAUGAAGCUCGUACACCGGGACUUAGCGGCUAGGAACAUCCUGGUGGCUGAGGGGCGGAAGAUGAAGAUUUCUGAUUUUGGUUUGUCCCGAGAUGUUUAUGAAGAAGAUUCUUACGUGAAGAGAAGCAAGGGCCGGAUUCCUGUCAAAUGGAUGGCAAUUGAGUCCCUUUUUGAUCACAUCUACACCACUCAAAGUGAUGUGUGGUCCUUUGGGGUCCUACUGUGGGAGAUUGUGACUCUGGGGGGCAACCCCUACCCUGGAAUUCCUCCUGAACGACUCUUCAACCUUCUGAAGACGGGCCACAGGAUGGAGAGGCCAGACAACUGCAGCGAAGAAAUGUACCGACUGAUGCUGCAAUGCUGGAAGCAGGAACCAGACAAGAGGCCAGUAUUCGCUGACAUCAGCAAGGACCUGGAGAAGAUGAUGGUCAAGAGCAGAGACUACUUGGACCUGGCUGCAUCCACUCCAUCUGAUUCACUGCUUUAUGAUGAUGGCCUCUCGGAAGAGGAGACACCCCUGGUGGACUGUAACAAUGCUCCCCUCCCGCGCUCUCUCCCUUCCACAUGGAUUGAAAACAAACUCUAUGGCAUGUCAGACCCGAACUGGCCUGGAGAGAGUCCUGUACCACUCACGAGAGCCGAUGGCACUAGCACUGGGUUCCCACGAUAUGCAAAUGAUAGUGUAUAUGCUAACUGGAUGGUUUCACCCUCAGCGGCAAAAUUAAUGGACACAUUUGAUAGUUAACAUUUGUUUGUGAAAGGUAACGGACUCCCAAGGGGGAAGAAACAUGCCAAGAGCACCAAGUCCACCAGUCCCUUUGUGCACAUGACACUGGCCAAGUCCCGCUCCCAGGUGGCAGACUUGUUCUCUGUAGUUUGUUUUAAUUGGUUUCCAAAGAGGUUUUACUCCCAAUAGCCAGUGAUCUUCCCUUCUAGCAUCCCUGCCCCGCUGGAUGGGGUGCUCUGAGUCUCACUGGUAAACACCCUUUCCCUUUAGUAUUGAGUAGCACCCGGUUGGUCUCUACCCAUUGGUAACCACCACAUGCUCUGUCUUCACAUGUGUGGGUCUGCCAUUCACAACUUGUGUAAGAAAUUGUACCUGAAUUGUUCGAUUUUUUUUAUGGUUGCCACUACCAAACAUGCAAAAAGGUUUAAACAUGAAGCACAUAUACAAACAAAACUAAACAGUUGAAAAACUGGCCAGAAUGACCUGUUCUUGCUUAGACUGAGAACCCAAUAGAGCCAGGGCUAGAGGGGAGAAGGGGAUCUCAGGGCUGUCCUCCACUCAACAUUAGAGAUCCCAAGAAUCAUUUUUUAAAAACCAUGCAGCCUUUUCUUAGGAAAACAUUUCAUUUUUAUCAUGAUGAAAUGGCUCUUAGAUUUAGCACAAUGAAGAGAUUAGAUGUUGCCCUUGUUAACUUACAAGGCAGCUUGAGAGAGGAGGCCCACAGGACAUACUUUCCCCACUGGGCUCUCACACGUCAAUACUGAGUGUCCACUAACCAGAACAUGACAAAGAAAAAUGGUGUUUGGAGUGGAGUGGCCUCCAGGCCCAGAACUCCUGGGAGGAGAGGCCUUGACCCCCAAAUCCCCCCGACCACUGUCCUGUCACCAUGGUGUGCUCAUCUUCUGCAUCAGGACAGGUGGGUUUGUCUCACUUUAAUUGGUAUCUUGUCAGCUCAGCCUAAAGGGCCAGUUUAGCUCGUUCAGGUAAGAAGUAGCCUUGAGGUGAAAAGACAAGGUUUUGGCUCUUAUAGAGCUUGCGUGAAAGGCACACAGAUGAGCUCUUCCUGUGUUUGUCAUUUAAUGCUGCUAUGGCAGAGUGUUUUGAUUUCUUCAGUUCUGACCACGACUCAUAAGUAAGCUUGUCUUUCUGCACUGGUGCGCAGACCCUCCAUACUCCUAGGUUUUGUAGGGGCGGCUCUUGGAAGUCCCAGCAGCUCUUCUGGCUACCUCGGGACGUCACUUCACAGGAAAGGGUCAUAUUACCAAACACUGCCUGGUUGUCAGACUUAAAGCACUGUGAUAGAACUUUUAAAUAGUCUCAGUAAAAUACUAUAUUUUAUGGGCAUUUCACAAAAACAGUAAAAUUAUGAGGUUUUAUGUGGCUAAGAAUGUUUAGAUAAGUGUACCAGACAGAAGCUUAUAGAAUGUGUGUGAUACCCAGACAGAAAGAGGAAAAUGCUUAUUUAGGCAAGUAACGUGGCUUUAGUUUGGGCCAUUUUUUUCCCAGAUACACUGUGAUAAGUUCUUUUAUAAAUAUCUCUAGUCAUGAUAUACUUUUGUUUUUCAGAUGUGCUUACUGAUAGUUUUAUUAAAUGCAGAAAUAAGGAUAAACUCAUAUUAUUAAACACGUCUACAACAGUAAGUGUAAAUCGCUACAGCAGGUUUGCUCUCGUGGGACGAGAGCUCCAAGUCGAAAUAGCUGGGCCAUUUGUGGGGAAUUAGCACUUAGCUAAUAACCAUUUAUCUGUCUGUUCCUGAAAUACAGAAGUACCCAUACUUGUUAGUCCUAUCAAAGUUUUCAUAUACAUAUAUACAGAAAUUACCAAGUAUUAAACAUUACUAAGUAUUAAGUAGCUGUCAGCUGUUAAAAUUUGUAAAAUCCAUUUAAGAAAGGUUAUUAAACCAUACCGUGUUCAUUUGUUUUUGUAAUCAAGGUGACUAAGGAAAAUAAUUUCAGUUGUGUAAAUAAAAUCAUGUAUCAUCAAAUGUGUAAAUUUUUUUCCUUUCUCUUUAACUUUCUAGUUGGAAACUUGAGGUCUCUGAUUUUGU